AUGAAACUUUCUUGUAGCAUUGUCACGACUUUCCUCGCUCUCGCACAGGCGCAGGCAUACCCUGAAUGUACGGCAGAAGUUGCACGGAGUGACGACUGCGCAGCAGUUAUCAAUGCAAACGCAUGCUACAACAAGUUCAAGUUCCAAAACGCCCAGGCCUUGACUUGUAUCGACGGGGAUGACAAUGCAGCAAAGCAGAAAAAGGUGGGAUACAUCACAGCUUCAGACCCCUUCAACGGAUACCUGGCGCUGACAGUGAAUCAAAGGUGUGCAAAUGCUGCAGCUGUGUGGGAAAAGUAA